CGUUACGUCAUUGUGUCACGUGCUUGACUUGCGCUGCGUCAGUGGGAACAGCGAAAGAACAAAAUGGAGGAAUAUGCCAGAGAGCCAUGCCCCUGGAGGAUUGUGGAUGAUUGUGGAGGAGCCUUCACCAUGGGAGCGAUUGGUGGAGGAAUAUUUCAGGCAGUAAAAGGCUUCAGAAAUGCACCUUCAGGGAUGAGUCACAGAAUGAGGGGAAGCUUGACUGCCAUCAAGACCAGAGCUCCACAACUUGGAGGGAGCUUCGCAGUAUGGGGCGGCCUCUUCUCCAUGAUUGACUGUAGUUUAGUAAAAGUACGAGGAAAGGAGGAUCCAUGGAACUCAAUAACAAGCGGAGCCAUGACAGGAGCUAUUCUCGCUGCAAGAAACGGACCAGUGGCCAUGGUGGGCUCUGCGGCGAUGGGGGGGAUCCUGCUGGGCUUGAUAGAAGGAGUAGGAAUCCUCCUCACGAGGUUCGCCUCUUCACAGUUCCCCACUGGUCCCCAGUUUGCAGAAGAGCCUGCCCCGGCCCCCAUGUCCGGCCCUUCCUUUGGAGACUACAGGCAAUAUCAGUGAGAGAGGACCCCUCAUUCCUUCAUCCACUAGGCCUUUUUUGAAUUCCUUGCUGGUGCAGAUUCCCACACAUCAAACAAUAGAAACUGCUCCCAACUUCAUGGACUGACUCUGAGGCAUGACGGAAGAACGCCAUCUUCAUUCCUACUUCCUCUGGAGCCACGCACAGAUCUGCCUUUAGCCAUUCUCAGCCUUGUCAUGUGCAUCUGUUUCUGCCAACACUGGUGAAAUGUAGACGUGUGGAGAGCUGUCACACCUGUGGGAAUGUGUGUUUUUCUAUUGUCUUCACAUACACAGUGUACUGCAUGCUGUCUGAUUGAUGAGCCCCCAUUAUGUUGAAUUUAAGAAGAUAUGUCAUAGAUGAAACUUGAUGAUUCAUAGAAUACUUAUAUACUAUAUACAGUUUAAAAAAAGUCCUCAUUCUGUCAUGUUAGUCUUUAUUUGCUUUGAAUGUGUCACAUGCUUGAGUGAGUCAGCCGCAGACUCUUGGCUGGCCUUUAAGGUAGAUUAUAUUCAGAGGUAUGAAUGAAAACAGACAUCUCUGACACUCUGCCAUUCCCAGAAUAUAAGUUUGUGUUGAAGUGAUUUAUUUAUUUUAGUUUUUAAUGAGUUGAAGCCGCUUGUUCAGUUUCAUAUGACAGUGAUUUCACAUUCAGCACAUAUUGUGGAAAGGAUGGCUAAUGACGACGGACGGCACAGGCAGGAAGAAUAAAUGGAGAAACCCAAGCAAGGGGUUGGUGCAUCGUGUUUUGAAUCUGUACGACAGAUUGAACUAAGAUACAAUAAAGAAAAACAUU